AUGAAAGUCGUCCUCCAGCGAGUGCUCUCUGCCUCUGUCACUGUUGAGAGAGAGCUCGUCUCAUCAAUAGGCAAAGGUGUCCUGGUGUUUGCAGCCAUAGCCCCAGGAGACACAGAGAAGGAUGCUGAAUCCAUGGCUGCUAAGGUCCUCAAGCUGAGGCUAUGGGAUGAUGACAACGGCGGAAGGUGGAAAAAGAAUGUGCAGGACAUCAGUGGAGAGGUCCUCUGUGUGUCUCAAUUCACCCUGCUGGCCUCAACCAAAAAGGGCAACAAACCUGACUUUCAUGGUGCACUUGGAGGCAAUGAGGCUAAAGAGCUGUACCAAUACUUCUUCACCAAGGUGCAGGAGGGCUAUGCAGCUGACAAGGUGAAAAAUGGGGUCUUUCAGGCCAUGAUGGAAGUUGCUCUUGUCAAUGAUGGGCCGGUCACACUGGAGCUCACCGCUGGCACCCCGCAAAAGUCUGACAAGCUAGCAGCCACGAGCAACAAACAGAUCAAAUGA